ACGAACAUAGGCGUUUCCACGCAUACCACACUCUCUACCAACUUCAUUGCAGUCACUCAUUCGACAACACAGAUUCGCCGGUCGAAUCUGCGAUCGCAGCACCGCACCGCCACUCAUCUCACACUACUGACCUUUUUCCCCAAGUCCACGACAAGGGACCGAAACCAUGUCUCGCCGCUUUGCAAGCAUUGCGCUGCUUGUCGCAACCUCACUCGCUCAGACCUAUACCGAUUGCAAUCCGAACAACUCCACAUGUCCAGAUAAUCCUGCACUGGGCACGACUUUUGCGGAGACCUACAACAAAACUCAGCAGGAGUUCGACCCAAGGUUCUGGAAUGUCACUGCUGGACCAUCGCUGAUCAGCUUCGGCGACGAUGGCGCCGCGCUCGCAUUGUCGCAGAAAGGAGACUCGGUGACGGUCAAGAGCAACUUCUACAUAUUCUGGGGACAAGUCGAAGUCAUCUUCAAGGCAGCAACAGGAACGGGUAUCAUCAGCACGGCGAUCACUCUGAGUGACAAUCUGGAUGAGAUUGACUGGGAGAUUAAGGGUGGCAACCUCACGAGUUCAUCGAACAACUUCUACGGCUGGGGCAAUACCUCGCAGUUCAACUCGGAAUAUCCUGCUAUGAAUCCGGGUCCGCAGGCCGACUUCCACAACUACACCGUCGACUGGACGCAGGAGAGGAUACUGUACUAUCUCGAUGGAAAUGUUGUGAGGACUGUGCCGUACGCAGAGCCCGGUCAUUAUCCCCAGACGCCGAGCCGCAUCCAAUUCGGUGCAUGGUGCGGAGGGUGCUCAGAGUCUCAGGGCACCAUUGACUGGGCAGGAGGAAAAGCAGACUGGGAUGCCGGACCAUUCGUCAUGACGGUCCAAAGCAUCCGCAUCACCGAUGGAACCACCAACUCGAGCACAUACAGCUACGGCGACCACAGCGGCUCCUACCAGAGCAUCAAAGUCGUCGACGGCGAAUCCGCCGCCUACAAAGAAAUGCACAAACUCUCCACCACCGAGAAAGUCACCAAGCACUGGGACGGUCUCUCCACCGGAGGCAAAAUCGGAAUCGCAGCCGGUGUGCUCGGAGCCGUCUUCAUCUUCCUGGUCGCAUUCACAUUCUACUGCGUGCGACAGCGCAAAGCCGGUCGCUCAGAAGCCGCUCUGCACGAUCAGGAGUGGGAGAAGGAGAAUGCGGAACUGAUGGCGUAUCGGACGAUGAUGUCCAAAGGCAAUUUUGCUAUGAAUCGCGAGUCGGUUAUGUUGGAAGUUGUACAGGCCCCGAAGCAGCAGUCGAAGUACUCGAGGUUGAGUGGAAGGUUUUGAUUUUCACUAGGUUUACAACACUAUCGACAGGACCUUUUUGUAUGUUCACUCUAGGUGUGCAGCAGCUGCAGUUAGCUGCAGAAGACACUGAGCUAGCUACAGCUAUGCGGUGUGUGUGUGUUAGAGGCAAAAUGGCUUCCACAAGCGCGCCCGGUUUCUCCACAUGUUUUGAACGGGGCUUGUGUUUUUUACGUGCAUCAUGAUAGAUACCUUUACCUUCACCUUACCAU